CACACCGUGGCCGAGCCCGGUUUAUAUAGGCGGCAGCGCGCGACUCCGCUCAGUGUGAGAGCGGGCGCCAGUAGACAUGGACGCGCGGCGACUAGUGUGCUACUACGUACUGGCUUUGCUCUGCGUGAGCGAGCUAAGCGCACGCAUCCCUAGCACGGAGGAGGUGGUGGUGAGGACCGAGUCGGGAUGGAUCCGCGGUCUCAAGCGCAGAGCGGAGGGCAACAAGUCUUACGCCAGCUUCCGCGGCGUGCCUUACGCGAAACAACCUCUUGGAGAACUUAGGUUUAAGGAGCUUCAACCGUUAGAGCCGUGGCAAGACGAGCUGGACGCGACGCAGGAGGGCCCCGUGUGCCAGCAGACGGACGUGCUGUACGGACGCAUCAUGAGACCUCGGGGCAUGAGUGAGGCGUGUAUCCACGCAAACAUACAUGUGCCGUAUUACGCGCUGCCCAGGGACGCGACAGAUAAGAACCGGUUCGCCGGCUUGCCCGUGCUGGUGUUCAUCCACGGAGGCGGCUUCGCGUUCGGCUCCGGCGACAGUGAUCUGCACGGGCCCGAGUAUCUCGUCAGCAAGGAUGUCAUUGUCAUCACGUUUAACUACAGGCUGAACGUGUACGGUUUCCUGUCGCUGAACUCUACAAGCGUGCCGGGCAAUGCCGGCCUGCGCGACAUGGUGACGCUCCUCAAGUGGGUGCAGCGUAACGCGCAUUUCUUCGGAGGGAGACCCGACGACGUCACCCUCAUGGGCCAGAGCGCCGGCGCUGCUGCAACUCACAUACUCUCUCUGUCCAAGGCGGCUGACGGAUUGUUUAGGAGAGCAAUUUUAAUGAGUGGUACCAGUUCAUCUGCUUUCUUUACCACGAACCCGGUAUUCGCUCAAUAUAUAAAUAAACUCUUCGUUACGAAUAUGGGCAUCACAGCCACAGACCCUGAGGAAAUCCACCAGAAACUCAUAGAAAUGCCAGCCGAAAAACUCAACGAAGCCAAUCGCUUCCUGCUGGAACAGUUUGGACUCACCACUUUCUUCCCAGUGGUAGAAUCUCCAAUAAACGGUGUCACAACUAUUUUAGAUGAAGAUCCAGAGCAGUUGAUAGCCAAAGGUCGAGGGAAACACAUACCCUUGAUAAUUGGGUUUACUGAUGCCGAGUGCGAAAUAUUCAGAAGGCGAUUUGAGCAGAUAGAUAUAGUCAGCAAAAUAAAGGAGAACCCUGGAAUACUCGUGCCUCUUUCCGUUCUCUUCUCGAGUGCUCCCGACACGGUUGCUGAAAUAACGAAAGCGAUGCACGAGAAGUAUUUUAAAAAUUCAGUAGACAUGGAAGGAUACAUAGAACUUUGCACCGACAGUUAUUUCAUGUAUCCAGCGAUUAGUUUGGCAAUUAAGAGAGCCCGCAGUAACGGAGCGCCGGUGUACCUUUACCAAUUUUCAUUCGACGGGGACUACAGUGUCUUUAGGGAUGUGAACCACCUGAAUUUCGAAGGAGCUGGCCAUAUAGAAGACUUGACGUACGUGUUCAGAACCAACUCGAUGUUGGGUGGCCACGCAUCGUUCCCACCGCAUGACAAAGACGACCAUAUGAAGUACUGGAUGACGUCGUUCAUCACAAAUUUUAUGAAAUACAGCAACCCAGUGACCGAUGCCAAGCUGUGGCCGGAGGUGCGAGCAGACAAUCUGAGGUAUCAGGACAUCGACACACCCGACGUGUACCAGAACGUGAAGCCACACAGUGAACAGAGAGACAUGUUGGAUUUCUUCGACAGCAUUUACAACUGGAACGGCACUUCGUAUUGCAUCAAAUAGACGGUUGUGGACUUACGAUGUGUGGGUUUAAAAUGCCGUGGAUGUGUGGAGCGCGUUGGCAUCAUUGUAUGAGUUGACGGUUGCAGCUAUGGCAAACAGGUAUCGGUUGACUAAGUUAAUGCGUGAUAUUUUAAAAUUUAUUUCGCGUGUUGUGCAAUGUAGCGUCAUGCAUACUUAUUACACCUUUCAAUGGUGUGACUCUGUAGCAGCUCCGGUCCGUUGCUGUUUGCUUAAUGGUUAAAGACUUUUGAGUGUAUAUACGGGAGCUUUUUAAAGCUUUUCAAUUGUUUCCGGUAAUGCCGGUACCAAUGGCGUUAUUCAUAGUAACAUAGACUUUAAUAUAACAUAGAACGCCUUCAAACCAAGCUGCAACUAUGUAGAUGAACCUUUUUAGUGUGUAAUUAUUAGGUUAAAAUAUUUUUCGGACUGAUUAGGUAACGGUGUAUGAAAAUGUAUUAUAAUUUUGUACAUAAAUGUAUAUUAUAGGUAUUUGUUUUAUUGUAAAUAUUCGCGCACUUUGUUAAGGGCCGAUAUAUAUAAUAUUUUAAUAGAAUAUGUCUGAUAUGUGUGCAAAUCUUUAACUCGAUAUUUCACGACUAUGGUGCAGAUUACAUCAAAAUCAACUUUAAUCCAUAUGCAUUGAAUUUCUUUUACGAUAACAUGCACAUAAGUUUUAACAAAAUGUACGUAAAAACAGAUUAGUUUGUUUAAACAUUAGACAUGUUUUAUUUUAUAAUAUUGAAGACUAAUAUCAGCGCGUCGUAGUUUGAAAACAUAUCACGGCAAUUCCCCGUCAUUUCUGCAUUAAAAAAGCAAUAAGUUUCGUAUUUACAUAAAUAAUUACGGAUCUAUUGCGCAUUUAGCGAAUGUGUUUUAAAAUAUUAAUAUUGUGCAAUCGACAUUAACACAUAAUUAAAUCUAUAAAUACUUCAAAACAUAAGAUCGCUGUUUGUCAGAAUACUGUAACUCGAUCAUCGCCUAUAUUUUGACACGGUUAUACUCUCAACAUGACAAUUAACUUCCUAGAUAUAGAAAUGUAAUAAAAUAAUACAAUUUAUUUGCUUAUUAUUUUUUCGCGAAUGACUUAGAAAUUAGGUUAGGGAUUUUUAUACUAACUUAAUAUAGUGUUAUGAAACUUUAACAAACAGGGGAAGCAUUUAUUAUAUUAGUAAUUGAAUAAAAAAUAUUUAUUAGUUGCUGCUGAAUUAAAUUAUGAUCAUCAUAAAGUAAUUUUGAUACGUUCUCUGGGCCAAUACCAAUUUCAUAUUUGUAACGUUCGCUAUAUAAUAAGCAUGUAUGCUCGCGUCCGUUUAUCGUUACUAGUUAAUUAUGAUUUAGAUGUUUCUGAACAAUCAGUUUUAAACAUGCGGGAAAUGAUGCGAAAUAAAAUUUACACUAUUCUGAACAUGUGUACAAUAUUUACUUCAAUUCGUGUCAUGAAAUUGUGUAAUUUUAAGUAAUGUUUUAUAUAAAUAAAUGACACAGCUGCUCCCCUGCUCGUAAGCGGCACAAUUGCACAUGAAUAGUAGCUACACUACGAAACACUUUGAAUUUCGAAGCACUGCGUUGCAUUGCAGUUAGGUCUCUAGUCUCUACUUGAGAUAUUGGUGUUAUGACCCAUUAAUCAUCAUUUAACUAAUACCCCAGAAUGGCGCAGUGCCCGUUUCAUUUAGUUCUUUUUAGUUCAAAUUGCUAGUACAGUAAAAAAUACAUAUCAAUUUAUGAGUUUGAAUAUGUAAAUAUUAGGUAGGGAUGAGUUUUCAAAAAUUCUCAGUGUGCCUACGCUGGAACAACUCCUGUGCCAAAUUAUAUGCUUUUAAAAGCAUGGGGUGUUUAUUACGCAAUGGUGACAUAUAUACAGUUAGUGUAAAAACUUUGCAGUUUACUUAUAUUUCGUUGGUAGCAUACGCAGUAUGAUAAAAUACCUGCCGUGGUAGCUCUUCGCAAGACCAUUACAACCAAAUAAGGUAGAUCUGUUGAAUGGCUACCUCUUAAGAACGCAAUGUGACUAGUUGAUACACAAUAUUGGAACAGCAUUAAUUUACAACCUGCUCUAGUGUAAUCACGCUAAAUCAUAAACAAACAUGUCUAAAUAAGUUACCAUGUAACUUUAUAUAUACUAUAAUGUAAUACGUGACAUAUUUACCUAUAUAUUUCGUGAACUGUAAUGUCAUACCCUGUUUGUAUUUAAAUAUUAAAAUUAAAGUGUACAGGCUUAGGACGCCAUAAACAUUUGUCAAUAUUCGUAAUAAUAGGAUUUGAUAUGUGACAUACUGAAUAAUUGUCUUUUGUAUGAUUGUGAUUUCAAUAAUUGUACGUAAUAAUAGUGGAAACUAUCUUAAAAAUAAUAGCAUUUAUAUUAAACUAAACUAGAAUGUCACACGUACUGAUAAACAUGUUUUAAUAAUAAGCCGGUGAGCUUAUAUUACCAAUAUAUUUUAGAUGUAAAUAAUAAAUAUAUUAUAACAAAGUAUA